AUCGAACGCGAUGAUCCCGGCUUUUAUAAACGAAGUGGUGUUCGUUGUCGCUUGACGCACGUUCGUUACUACAAAGACUGUUGGGGUGAUAUUUAAACGGGGGUGUAUAAAACAAACAAGCCCUCAGGGUUUGACGGCGUCUCAAUCUUUAGUGUGCUCAUUAGGAAUUUAGUAGAGCGUGGAUUAUAUAAUUUUGAUAACGGGACUAAAUCGAAUUUAGAAUGAACAUACAAAUGAAUCAAAUAUAUAUUCUGUGUUUACUAAUAUGCUUAAUACUAGGAACAUGCAAGGGUCGUCGGAUAGAAGAUGAAAGUCGUUUUGUAGAAGAUGAUGAAGAUCAUUUCUUAGAUGUUGAUAGUGAUGAUGGACACGAUGAUGAAGAACCAUUGCCACCUCUGGCACUGCCACUUCAAAACGAUGUUUUGUCUAAAGAGGACAAGUGCAGCCGGUCAACGUGUGGACGCUGGCGGGAGUGUGAAGUUAACAGCGAGGGAGAUGCCAUUUGCACCUGCCACAAAUAUUGUAAAAAGAGAAAGAAGCCCGUUUGCGGAACAGAUGGACGAUAUUACGUAAACCACUGUGAGCUACAUAGAGAAGCCUGUCUCACGGAUAGUCCAAUUGCCAUUGACCACAAGAGGUUGUGCCUGAAAAAGAAAGCGUUGGAUACAACGACAACGACAGUCGAAAUGGCUGCAGAAGAAUUUUCUACCAGCACACCGCUAACUACCAUGCCAUCAAUAACAGACUUCAAAAAAGAUGACGCCAUGGUAUGGACCAAUCCACCACAGCUUGAACCUCGGACAGUGAACUCCAUUCUGCCCCUAACCACAAUGUCACCCAUAACCACCAUGAUAAACCAUGGGGAAACAGACUCAGAAGUCCCUCCACAGAGAGAAUGCAGUCAACAGGAAUAUGAUUUCAUGAAAGAAAAUCUACUGUUGUUCAAUAACAAUAGGUUAACAGAUUCUAAAAAGCCUGGCAAUGAAUACCUAGUCAGUAUAAUGUUCUCUCACUACGACCAAAAUAACAAUGGUCAAUUGGAGGCGGAGGAGCUGUGGCAGGCGGCUGAGAGAGACCAUCUUGGUCAGCUGUCCUCCUCCUGUAUCCUUGCGGACAUGCUGUUAUUUGAUGACACUGACCGAGACGGCAGCAUGUCCAUCAACGAGUUCUAUCUGGCAUUUAGUAAGUUGGACAGUGUGUCCGUUGUGUCCCUUGAUAAGGCUCUGGAAAUCAAUCACGUGACAGCCAGAGUAGGGGAUAAUGUAGAAAUCAAGUGUGACGUUACUGGAACUCCGCCGCCUCCUAUCGUUUGGAGGAGGAACGACAUGGAUUUAGCCUCCCUUAAUGAAGAAGAAAUAAAGGUAUUUGUCGAUGGAUCUUUAUAUUUAACGAAUGUCCAAUUGAUCCAUGGUGGAAAUUAUACAUGCCAUGCACAGCAUAAUCGAGAUGUUGUACAAACACACGUAUUACAUGUACACACUAUUCCAGAAGUGCAUGUCAUACCAAAGUUGCAGUCCAGGGCCCCGGGAGAGUUGGCCGAGAUGGAGUGUCACGUGAUCGGUGUGCCGACACCUGCCGUCUCUUGGCUGAAGAAUGAUGAAGAACUGAAGUUAAUGACAGAUAAAUAUACAAUUGUUGGUAAUGGUACUGCACUUCUAGUAGGAAAAAUAACUUACAGUGACACAGGAGCAUAUAUGUGUGUUGCAAGUAAUCCAGCUGGAAUGACCAGAGAUAUCACAUCACUUAUUGUGCAAGAUCAACCAACUCCAACCGCUCCGUCAGAGGAGCGCCGCUUCUUUGUGUUCCAUGAUUGGGGAGUAUCUGUCUUCGAUCCCGACAACUGUCGGCUCUACCACCAAAUUCAGAGUACUGAUGUCAUACCAGGCACCCAGGAAUACGUGUGUGGAGAUCGAGGCACCAACUGCUCCUGGGGUCACGCCAUCAAUGUUGCCGACAGAUAUGUCUACGUAACGCAACCAACUAAAGACAGAGUCCUUAUUAUAUCUCGUGUUCAAAUGGUAGUGGUGGAUGUCGUCGUAACUGACAAAGUGCCUGUGGAUAUUCACUAUGUUCCCCAUCUCGACCAAGUAUGGAUAUUGUGUUGGAGAGGCAGAGAAGACAGGGGUACAAAGACUAUACAAAUCAUCAGAGAUGCCAGUCAAAAGAAAAAACAUCACACUGUACACCCAGAGCCUGUGGACGGCCAUUUUGACCUGGUCAGUGGUCUCUUAAUUCCACCCACUCAAGAUCUCGGCCACGGAUGGAAAUAUGGUUAUGUUGUCCACACUAAUCAAAGAGGAAUGUAUAAAUUGGACCUCCAAGCCAUGAAAUAUAUCAAAACUGUAGAUUUAACACCUUACAACUGCGCCCCUAAAUCAGCUGACUUUUCUACAUUGGGUGGUUUUGCCAUCUUAGAAUGCCGAGAACCCAUUACAGACCGACCUACUGGUCAAGUGGUGCUAGAUUAUUUGACUGAUACAGUAUUGUCACAUAAAACGGGACUUUUUGGACGACCCCAUGUGUCACCAGAUUCCAGGCAUGUUGUCACUCUAGAGAAAAAUAAUAACAGUGUUGUCAUCGUAGCCCAACAGAUAACAGAAAAUGGGCUCCGAUUUCUAUUUGACGUGAAAACCACUUUGCAAAUUGGGGACAUCACCUUUUUCCCAUCCAGGACCACACACAAUUACGACCUGUACGCAAGUUCCUCCACCAAGGAAGACAUCCUGUUCGUCAAUUUAGCAGAUGGCAAGGUAGAGAUGAUCACGGGGAUCGGCAGAUCCAUGGAUCCAGGAAUUGCAGAAUGGGGCAACACCAAUCGCCCCAUCUCCAGUGCAGGAGUAUUUGGCACCUACAUGGUGACCACUGCCAAUGAGGCCAUCUUUGUAGUGAACGGCAAGACCAGAACCGUGAACUGUGAAAUAGGAAGCACGGUCCAUCCAAGAAUGGUGGUUUGGGCAAAGGCUCCUUGAAGGCCGGAGAAAUUAUCUGUUUCUCACCUCAAGGUAACAGGCCCCCCUCUUGUACAAUGACCACGCAGACUGUCUUCGGGGGGUAGCCAUUCCUCCCAGACAACACCUUAGCCUUGCAGUAAUGGCUUUAAUGCGCACGGAUGAAUUGACAAUUUCUAGAAGAAUGCCUUGAUAUAUUAUCUCUUUCACGAAAACUAGUUAUUAUUCUAUUUGGAUGUACCUUUCGUAUUUUGUGAGGAAAUUUUUUUUUCUCUACUUUUUUCCUUUGCUAUAUCAGCCCGAACUGCUGACCGGGAAAAAAAUGUGUCUGGUGUGCACAUGAAAUUAUUUUGUUGUUCCCACAUUUUGUAUUAUUCAGUGAAUAUGCAACUACUUUUGCUCUGAGAGACAGUUCGAUUCAAACGUUUAUGGAAAAAAAAAGUUUCCAAAUGAUUUAUGUCACACACAUUUUUUUCUCUGAUCACAAGCAAAAAUCAAAGCACUUCUGCACUUCGGCUCUUGCUUUGCAGUAUGAAGUCAGUUUGCUAUGGUUACAGUUUAAUUCAAUACUAAUGAACGCUUUUUGUUUCUGUUAGAACUGACUUUUUACAGGCAAUUUUAAUGAGCCGAAACUACUUUUGCUACAAUGGAUGUUGCACUAAAGCUUCUGCCAUAACUGGAAAUCUCCCGCUAAAAAAAGCUACAUUCAUACACUUUUAAUUUUUUACAUGAAUUAAGUUUCCAAAAUUUCUUUUGACCUUAAAUAUGAUGAGUUUCGACGCAUUUAUGAAGUUUUUUAGUUUUAUCUCCUAAAAAAAGUCGUGUGGAUGUAGCUUUUGAGAUUUCAGAACUACUGCACACGAUACUUGUAUGAAUGUAAAGAUGUCCAGUGUAUACAUGUAUUUUUAAUUUACAUAAAAAUGUGUACAUUAUAUUUGCUUCUAUUUUUAGUAGGCUAGCUAUAGAUUUAUUUAAAGAGAUAUAUUUAAAUUUUAAUAAAAUGAAAUCAAUUUAUUCUGGCAUACGAAUUAAAGAUUAUUUCUAGGACAUUGUAAUUUUAAAAAUUAUAUGCCUUUCAUAUGCUUUCUGUAUGCUUUAAUUUGAACAAAAAUCAAAGUCAAAUUAUAAUCAAAACGAUUUCUUUAUAUUAAUUUAAUGCUUUUAUUUCUGAAGCGAAUUAAUGAAAGCAUAUCAAUCGGGUAAUAUUUUUAGAAAAUUUAUAAAAAUGGAUAAAUUUCAUAAAAUACUGAUUUCAAUUUAACUCAUUAAUGCCUAGUUUUCUUUUUUACGGAUGAUUUAAAAACUGCAUAGAGUUAAAAAUUUAUCGCAAGUACUUAUUUUGUUUGCAUAAAUUAAGUUGUCAAUAAGUGUUUGGUAGAUUUUUAUUUUUGGUACAUUUAUUCUCACGACUCUUUAGAAGGGCACCAGGACCAUAGGUCAAUAUGACCACAUUUUACUAGGACAUUUUCACCAAUUCGAAAAUAUUGUCCAACUUUAGGCAAAUUUAAAAAAUUUUCUUUGCCAAUGAGUUGCAAUAUAUGAGCUGAAUUUUCUUUAUAAUAAACGACAACAACAACAAAAAAAAAACACAAGCUUAAACGGAAUCCGAAUAUAUUAAAUUGUAACAAAAUUUCUCUUUUAGUAAAUGAACUGGUAAUUCACAAAAACUGUUACUUCCAUUGCUGCCAAACACGAGUGUUUUUUUUUAGCAAAUUUAAAAUAAAAAUAUUUUUUUGAUGAAAUUUUAGCGAUGAAACGUAAAACAAUUUAAUGCUAAUUGCCGACAAAAAUAUACCAUAGCAAUUCCAUUCAUCACAAUAAAAAUUUUCCAUCCUAAAAAUAUAAGCUCGUGACUGGCGAUCUUGCAAUUUGGCAAACUAGCUGUUGAGAAAUGGGCAUUAAUACGUUAAAUUGAAAAUGAACAGAAUAGCCAUUCUGGAGAAUUGAAAUAAUCUAACAACUUUAAAAUAAAAAUUAACCCCACUACUUAAAACAGCCUGAAACUACAGAGGAAUAAGGAUUAAAAAAAAUUAGAGACAUUCAAAAUUAUUAUUAAUGAUUUCGAUGUAAUUUAUUAGCUGUAAAACCCAUUCAUACGUUUUUUGUUCUUUUGUGUUCUGAGAGAUUGGAAUAAGAGUGCACAUUUAUUAUAUGAAAGUCAUGUUAUUCCUCAUUUUAUAAAUACACAUUCGAAUGGCAAUAAUAAUGAUUAUUUGAAUUAGUAUUUUGAAUUAUAUAUAUUUAAUAAUUGCAAUAGUUCUAUAUGAAAUGAACUAUUACUAAAAUAAAUACCUUCUUUCAUGAUGUUUUAAAUAAUUUGCUGAUGAUGAAAAUAAUUAGAAUGUGCACUACAAUCCUCAGAACUUUGAUAAUCAUUUGCUUUGUAUGUCUAUUUUCUGUCUAGUCUCUGAAUUCACUUGUAUAGCAACAUGUACAGUUGACACAUCACAUCUAAAUAAAAUGAAUUUCUGACAAAAAA